UCAUAAAUAUACAUGAUUCCAUAUUAAUUUCUUCAUGUUUUCUUAGCUAGUUUUCCAUCUAUUUGAGUCAUUUACUUUAUUUUUAUGUUUUGUAGGUGUUAUGGAGCAAAGUAGAAGAAAAGAAGCCAAAUCAGCAAAUCUGCCUGUGCAGAUCAGUCAACUUCAAAAUAAAACUGAGAACAGCUCAGAGCGAGUGAGAAAGUGAGCUUUAUAUGGUUGGAAAGCCUUGGAUGUCUAGUUUCCAGAACUUUUAACGGUUUGUCCAUAUCAUUUUUGUACAAAAAGUUAUGGCCGAAUUAGUACAGCAAGGUCAGACAUUCCGAGAAUCUGAAGUGGCAGCACACCUAACUUGAAAAGUUGCAGCCAUCCAUCUUUGAAAAAGAAACACUUUCAGCUGCAAUAACUAGUGCUAGGAGCAAUAUUUCCAGCUGCAAUAACUAGUGCUAGGAGCACUAUAUGAAAGAAAUAUUUCCAGCUGCAAUAACUAGUGCUAGGAGCAAUAUUUCCAGCUGCAAUAACUAGUGCUAGGAGCACUAUAUGACUAGAUAAAUAGAGGGGAGAGCAGAAGAGAACGGCAGAACAGAGAAGGGGAGAGCAGAAGAUAGAGAGAGACAUUUAGUUUAGACUUAUGUCUGCAGCACAAGAGGAGAAAGAACGACACCCCUUCUGCCAUCAUCCAGCUAUCAUCUCUUCCUUUUCUUUUCUUCUAGUUUUUGUUUUCAUCAUAACUAUGUCUAGCUAAAUACUUUUGUAGCUAGGGGCGAUUUCAAAGCCCCGAACAUGUUCAAUUCAUAUUAAUAAUUCAGUUUUUGGUUUUCUAUAUUGUCAAUUGAGUGUUUGAUUCACCGUAUCUACAAGAUGAAUCUUUACUUAUUUGCUUAGGUGCGCAACUAAAUGAAUAAGUUAGGAUUCUAAUGCUAGGAGUAACACUAGAUUCGUAUAUGUCUUGUGUUCAUUCCAAUUGAGUAGCAAAAUGUUUUCACGAAUUACAUGUGACUCAAACCAUAGGUUUAGCAAGACUACCAACGUACUUGUGACCCUAGAUUUAUCCAAACCCUUUUCUUGCUUAAUGAUUUUGAUAUGUUAAACUUAGCGAGCUUGUGUCUAGGUUGCAUAUUCGAAAAUAGAUUAAGUGGUGAGCUUGUAUUCACUUAACGAGGAACUAAGAAAGGGUAAUGGGUUAACUCGAGCUUGUGAGUUAAUUUCGGGUAAAUUCAAUUGAGAAUUAGAAUUCCAUAACUGAGCUUUGAUAUGAAUGAAUAUGUUCGGUGGUAGAGAAUGAGUCCUUAGCUUUGUUUCUAUUAACAGUUUUAGAAUCUUAUAAAAUCUGUUUCUGUUUGAUUAGCUUUCUGUGUUCAGUUUUACGUGAAUUAUUUCAUAUAGCAAAUCAACUCCAAUUAUUUUGAAAUUUUGUGUACUUGUUUUUCAAUGUGUCUUUAGUGUCCUGUAAAAGUUUCAGAAAAUUCCAUUGAGUCUAGAUUAGUUACUUAAUUUAUUUUCGUUAACUGUUCAGUAGCAUAGUUUAGAGUAGUUUGUGAUUUUUGAUUAGCAGUUUAGAAACAAUCUUCAGCGGGUAAUGACCCUUGCUUGAUCACUAUAUUACCAACGAUGAUGUUUGAGUGCAAGGUUUAAAUUGUGCAUCUUUUAAGACGUGCCAAUUUUUGGCGCCGUGUCGCCGGGGAUUGUUUUUCCUAAAUAGCUAAUCUAUUUUGUUUGUCUUAUUUUUCUGUUUCAUUGGGUUAUUAACUUAGUUGCUUUUAUUUUAUUUUUCUGUCUUAGAUACCUCUUAUUGUGCAUGCAUACUCGGAGGAAUAAGAGCCUUGAUCUUGCUGAGUAUGAUCCUGAGCUUGAACUCACACUUAGAGAGUUUCGAAGGACAAUCAAGGAAACGCGAGCACCGGCAUCCUUGCCACCACCAUCCCCACCACACUUGAGUUCCGGGGAAGAGGAAGAACAGAGGCAAGAAGACAUGGCCAAUCGUACUUUGAGAGAGUUGGCAACUCCUGAUGUAGAACAACAACCUUUGUGCAUCGCCUAUCCAAAUCAGAAUGAGGCUGGAGGAUUUGAGCUAAAGUCCGGCAUGAUUCACUAUUUGCCUAAGUUUCAUGGCUUCUCAACAGAAGAUGCCAACUUGCAUCUUAAGGAGCUACAUGUGGUAUGUUCUGGAAUGAAGCCAGCAACUAUCCAUGAAAACCAUGUUAUGUUAAGGGCCUUCCCAUUUACAUUGGAGGGUAAGGCUAAGGAAUGGCUUUACAAUUUGCCUUCCGGAUCACUUACCACAUGGAAUCAAGUGAAACAAGCAUUCCUUGAGCAAUAUUUUCCAGCCACGAAGGCCGCAAGCAUAAGGAAGGAUAUAUGUGCAAUUCGGCAAAUGCAUGGAGAGUCUUUUGGAGAAUACUAUGAGAGAUUCAUGUGCUUGGUUGCCUCAUGUCCUAAUCAUCAAAUAUCAGAGCACCUUCUCAUACAAUAUUUCUAUGAAGGACUGUGUGGCACAGAUCGUGUGAUGCUUGAUGCAGCAAGUGGGGGAGCAUUCAUGGACAAGACUCAAACUACUGCUAGAGCAUUAUUAAAGAACAUAGCUGGAAAUACUCGGCAAUUUGGAGGAAGGGAUGAGCUAUCACUUAAGAGCGUCAAAGAGGUAAGUACUAAUUCUAAUAUUGAAUUACAAUUAGCUAACCUAACUAAUCUUGUGAAACAGGUUGUGAUCGCUCCAAAGCAAGUAUGCAGUGUGUGCUCAAUGGUGGGACAUGUUUCUGAUACAUGUCCGUCAUUGAUGGAGCAAAAUGGUUUUGAGCAAGCUAAUGCGGUUGGAUUUCAAGGGCAGCAAAGGCCAAAAUAUGAUCCAUUCUCUAAUACCUAUAAUGCAGGGUGGCGUGAUCAUCCGAAUUUUAGGUGGAGCAAUAAUGACAAUGUCUUGCAACCUCAAGGAAGCAAUUACAAUCGCCCACCUGGAUUCUAUCAAGCUAGACCGCAAACAUCUUAUCAACCUCAUCCUCAACAACAAGCUCCAAGUAAGUCUCUUGAGGAUUUAGUUGCUUCUUUAGCUAACUCUCAACAAUCUUUUCAACAGAAAACAGAUAAAUCUAUCGAGAAUCUUGAGCGUCAAGUGAGUCAACUAGCAAACAUAAUUGGACAACAACACCAACAAGGAAAGCUCCCUAGUCAGACUGUGAUCAAUCCAAAAGGGGGGUUUGAGAAUGCUAGUGCUGUGACCUUAAGAAGUGGGAAAGAAGUUUUGGAGCAGCCAAGAGUGCAAAAAAGAGUUCGAAGGGCCAUGAAUAAUGAGGAGGAGCAAGGAGAAGCUACAGUAGCAAAGGAGGACAACCAUGAGUGCUUGGACAAUUUAGGGCAGCCCCCUAAUCACAUAAAUACAUCAAAGGCAGCCCUUAAACCCAUGGGUUUGAGAGAUUCUAAGGUUAGUAAUGCAGUUCCAAGUUUGACUACUUCAUGUCUUCCUUUUCCGCGUAGGUUUGCUAAAUCAAAGAGAGAGGAACUUGAAAAGGAGAUCUUGGAAACAUUCCGGAAAGUCCAAGUGAACAUACCGCUCUUAGAUGCAAUAAAGCAAGUCCCAAAAUAUGCCAAAUUUCUAAAAGAGCUUUGCACUACCAAGCGGAGGUUAAAUGGGAAUGAGACUGUGAAGGUUAGUGAGAAUGUUUCAGCAGUGCUCCAACAAAAACUUCCACCGAAGUGUAAGGACCCCGGUAGCUUCACUAUUCCCAUCACAAUGGGUAACACCAGGUUUGAGCGUGCUAUGUUAGACUUAGGUGCAUCUAUAAAUGUCAUGCCUUAUUCAGUUUAUGCAUCUCUAGGUCUUGGUGAACUAAAAAAAGAUGGUGUUGUUAUUCAAUUGGCUGACCGUUCUAAUGCAUAUCCCAAAGGUUUGUUGGAAGAUGUUUUGGUGCAGGUAAAUGAUUUAAUCUUUCCAGCAGACUUUUAUGUGUUAGAGAUGGAUGAAGAGCCAUCAUCUACAUCUACACCCAUCCUUCUAGGCCGACCUUUCAUGAGAACCGCUAGAACUAAGAUUGAUGUUUAUGAGGGGACUUUGACAAUGGAGUUCGAUGGUGACAUAAUAAGCUUCAACGUCUUUGAAGCUAUGAGGUAUCCUAGUGAGUUGCAUUCUUGUUUUUCUAUUGACAUUCUUGAUGAUUUAGCUCAGAAAUUCUUUGAAGUCAUAAGUGAGGAUGCAUUGGAAACCACUAUCUCUCAAAGCUUACAGUUUGAAACAUCAAAGAACUCAAAAAGGAACAUUGAGUUGAGGGAGGAUAUUGAGGAAACUGUGGCUGCCCUUGAGUCAUUACCACGGUUUGGAGGUAAUUCCAAUGAUUUCACUUCUCUUCCUUUAUCUACUGAAAAGUUGUUGCCUUCUGUGGUGCAGGCCCCCAAGUUAGAGCUUAAACCGCUACCGGAUCACUUGAAAUAUGCAUUUUUGGGAGAGGAAGAAACACUACCUGUGAUCAUUGCCUCAAACCUCACAGAAUUAGAGGAGGAAAAGUUGAUUCUUGUGCUCAAGGAGUACAAGACCGCUAUUGGAUGGAGCAUAGCAGAUAUAAAAGGCAUUAGCCCGGUAACUUGCAUGCAUAGAAUACUUCUUGAGGAAGGUUCAAGACCAACAAGGGAAGCUCAGCGUCGUUUGAAUCCUGUCAUGAUGGAGGUGGUAAAGAAGGAGGUACUAAAGUUGCUAGAUGUGGGUGUGAUCUACCCCAUCUCAGAUAGCAAAUGGGUGAGUCCAGUGCAGGUAGUUCCUAAACGAUCUGGUAUCACAGUUGUGAAGAAUGAAGACAACGAGCUAGUGCCUACACGUGUGCAAACUGGGUGGCGGGUGUGUAUUGACUAUCGAAAAUUAAACACAACAACUCGCAAGGAUCACUUUCCACUACCCUUUAUUGAUCAGAUGCUCGAAAGGUUAGCUGGUCAUUCUCAUUAUUGCUUUCUUGAUGGCUAUUCAGGUUACAAUCAGAUUGCUAUUGCUCCGGAGGAUCAAGAAAAGACAACAUUCACUUGUCCUUUUGGGACUUUUGCAUACCGGAGGAUGCCUUUUGGACUCUGUAACGCGCCUGCAACGUUUCAGAGAUGUAUGGUAAGUAUAUUUUCAGAUUUUGUCGAAAACAUCAUAGAAGUAUUCAUGGAUGAUUUUAGUGUUUAUGGUGAUUCUUUCGAUAAAUGCUUGGAUAAUCUAUCUCUUGUGCUUAAUCGUUGCAUUGAAAGUAACCUUGUUUUAAAUUGGGAAAAAUGCCAUUUCAUGGUUGAUCAAGGUAUUGUUUUAGGGCACGUUAUUUCUGCUAAGGGCAUAGAAGUUGAUAAAUCAAAAAUAGAUCUUGUACGUUCCUUACCCUCUCCCACAAGUGUGAGAGAGGUUCGUUCUUUUCUUGGACAUGCAGGUUUCUAUAGGCGAUUCAUCAAGGACUUCUCAAAAAUAUCAAGACCCUUAUGUAGGUUGUUACAAAAGGAAGUGGCAUUUGAGUUUGAUGAGAAAUGCAAGAAAGCUUUCGAGAAACUUAAGGAGUUGUUAACCACAGCACCUAUCAUCACUCCUCCAGAUUGGAAUUUGCCCUUUGAGCUAAUGUGUGACGCCUCUGACUAUGCUGUAGGUGCUGUUUUGGGCCAACGUGUGAACAAGCUUUCACAUGUUAUCUACUAUGCAUCUCGGACUCUUAAUGAUGCUCAGUUGAAUUAUUCAACUACAGAGAAGGAACUUUUAGCUGUUAUUUUCGCUUUAGAGAAAUUUCGUUCAUAUUUAAUUGGUACUAAAGUGAUUGUGUUUUCUGACCAUGCAGCUUUGAAGUAUCUUCUUACAAAGAAGGAUGCAAAGCCGAGACUUAUUAGGUGGAUGCUUCUCUUACAAGAGUUUGAUUUGGAAAUCAAGGAUAAGAAGGGAAGUGAGAAUGUGGUAGCAGAUCACCUAAGUCGACUUGUAAAUGGUUCAAAUGCAGAGGAGGAUCUAUUGCCUUUGCAUGAAAGUUUUCCGGAUGAGCAACUUUUUCACUUAGAAAUUUUGGAACCUUGGUAUGCAGAUAUCGUCAACUACAAAGUAACCAAGAAGUUUCCGGAUGAUUUGACAAAGGCUCAAAAGGACAAGCUUACCAAGACUGCCAAGUAUUAUGUGUGGGAUGAUCCUUACUUAUGGAAACAUUGUGCGGAUCAGUUGAUAAGAAGGUGCAUACCUAACUCUGAAUUUCUCUCUAUUCUUACUUUUUGUCAUUCCUAUGCAUGUGGUGGUCAUUUUGGAGCAAAAAGGACGGCUCUCAAGGUACUUGAGAGUGGAUUUUAUUGGCCUACCUUAUUCAAGGAUGCAUUUGAGUUUUGCAAGUCAUGUGAUCGUUGUCAACGAACAGGUAAUUUAGGUGCUAGAAACCAAAUGCCACAAACUCCUAUUCUUGUUGUUGAACUUUUUGAUGUUUGGGGCAUAGAUUUCAUGGGACCUUUUCUGUCCUCGUAUGGUAACCUUUACAUUCUUUUAGCUGUUGAUUACGUUUCCAAAUGGGUGGAAGCUAAAGCCACCCGGACUAAUGAUUCUAAAGUUGUUGUAGAUUUUGUUAAAUCUAACAUCUUUACUAGAUUUGGAACGCCAAGAGCUAUCAUCAGUGAUGGAGGAAGUCACUUUUGCAAUAGAUCAUUUGAGGCAUUGUUGAGGAAAUACAACAUCACACAUAAGGUUUCAACGCCGUAUCAUCCUCAAACAAGUGGCCAAGCAGAAGUUUCUAACCGUGAGGUAAAGCAAAUUUUGGAAAAGACCGUGAAUCCGAAUAGGAAAGAUUGGAGCUUGCGACUUGAUGAUGCAUUAUGGGCAUAUAGAACAGCUUACAAGACACCAAUUGGGAUGUCACCAUUCAGAAUGGUCUAUGGAAAACCGUGUCACCUUCCGGUUGAGUUGGAGCAUAGGGCAUAUUGGGCAGUGAAGCGGUGCAAUAUGAACUUGGAUGCGGCUGGUGAGCAAAGAAAGCUGCAAUUGAAUGAGCUUGAGGAAAUACGCAAUGAUGCCUAUGAGAGUUCAAGAAUAUACAAGGAGAGAACAAAGGCGUUUCAUGACAAAAUGAUCACAAGGAAAACUUUUGUUGUAGGACAAAAAGUUCUUCUCUUCCAUUCUCGCCUUAAAUUGUUUCCAGGUAAACUGCGCUCUCGUUGGGUUGGUCCUUUUGUUAUUACUAAUGUUUUCUCUCAUGGUGCAGUCGAGAUUCGUAGUGAAAAAACCAACAAAAUAUUCAAGGUAAAUGGACAUCGACUGAAGAUCUAUUAUGAGCCUUUUGUGAUGCAAAAUGUGGAAGUAAUGCCCCUUCACGAACCAGUGUCACAAGAAGAUUGAAGAAUUGCCUCGUCCGGCUGAGGACGUUAAACCAAGCGCUUCUUGGGAGGCAACCCAAUGAAUGGAAGAGGAAGAUUGUGCGCAUUUGGCAUGGAACGUACACUAGAGAUUCAAAGCUUAUAACCUUGAGGUCGGUGUCCAAAGAUCAGAGCAUUGGGAGGUCUACAUGAGGGAGCAUUCUCUACUCUUCUUAACUAUAUUUGUUUUUGUUGUGCUUUUGUCUUUCCUUCUAUACUUAACUAUACCGUUGCAUGAUUAAUUCUAGAUCAAACAUUGAGGACAAUGUUUAGUUUAAGUGUGGGGGGAAGGAAUUUGAACUUUUUGUUACCCAAAAAAAAAAAAAAAAAAAAAAGAGUCUAGUUCUUAGGUUUAUUCUUUGUUGAGUCUUUAGGGUUCUUCCAAACAGUAUCAUGAGUCUGAACUUUUCAGAAAUUUAUUAUGGUCACAAGAUGAUUACAAGCAUAUGUCAGAUUCUUGAUUUCAAGUAAUUGCUAAUGGAUUUUUAUGAUUAUUGUGCUUGACAAAAAUGCAUUGAUGGUUAGGCUAAUGUGAUACUUGAGAAUUGAUUGAUGCAUGCUAGGACAAGUUGAACUUAAUUUCUACCCUUGUGAGCGUUUGAUCCUGUAUAUGUGCUUUUCUUUUCUGAGUGACUUUAUUAGAUCAUCCUAUUUUCUUGACGAGGGUUUGUUGAUUUCACAUGUCGUUUCAUCUUGACUAUGCAUAUUGACCGCAGCUUUUAAUGUAACUAGAGAAUGCUAGAACUCAUCUUUCAUGCCUGUCGAAACUUUUUGCCAAUCUAAUGUUUGAACCUUUGAAGGGAUAUAGGCACUAGGAUUUACCACCAUAGCCAAAUUAAACCUGUGUCCCCUUAGGCACACAAGUUGUGCAAUCCCCUAGUUAACCCCGUUGAGCCUACAUUGAACCUUUUGUUUCAUCACCACAAAUUCCGUAACCCUAAGCUUAGUAUAGAUGUAUCCUUACCCUAUCCUAAUGAAUUAGUGGAGCAAUCUUUAGAGAGAUACUUAUGUUCGAGGUACUUUUGCAAGCAAGUGUGGGGGUGAGACUUGUCCAUAAAAAAAAAAUAAAAAAAAAAAUUUUGUGUAUGGAUUUUAGUCCCCCUUUGUGAAUAAGGAGUUUAUUUUGAGUUGAAGGCCUGUUCAAGAAAAUUUGACCUUUGUCCUAUUUCACAAGUGUUAGAAGAAAGGUUUAGAAUGAAGCAAAGGCCCAAGCAAAUGACAUCUGACCUUGAAAAAAAAAAAAAUUUCUUGCUUCAUGUGUUCGAAGAUUGAUUACCUAGAGGAGUUUCACAAGUUGUUAUCUCUUAUGUUCUUCUAGUGCUCCACUAAGUUCUUUAGGAUCUUUGUUAUUCCCUAUCCUUUCUUUCUUUUAACCUUUACCAUUGGCCCCAUUAUAACCCUGAAUAAAAGACCUAUUUGAUCAUUGGGGACGGCAGUUGGUCUGUGGAGAUUUGUGCAUGGAGAUGAGCCUAUGGCUUGGGUUCAUUUGGUCUUAUGCUAGUAUCGUUCGUGAAAUCUAAAAAAAAAAUAA